AUGAUCAGCUGAACUCAGAGGAGAAGAAGAAGAGAAAGCAGAGGAGAAACAGGACCACCUUCAACAGCAGCCAGCUCCAGGCUCUGGAAAGAGUCUUUGAGAGGACACAUUACCCCGACGCCUUCGUACGAGAAGACCUCGCCCGCAGAGUCAACCUCACUGAAGCCAGAGUGCAGGUCUGGUUUCAGAACCGAAGAGCGAAGUUCCGCAGGAACGAGAGAGCCAUGCUGGCCAACAAGAACGCCUCCCUUCUCAAGUCCUACUCCGGCGACGUGACUGCGGUGGAGCAGCCCAUCGUCCCGCGCCCCGCUCCGAGACCCACCGACUAUCUCUCCUGGGGGACGGCCUCGCCUUACAGCGCCAUGGCUACCUAUUCUGCUUCGUGUACCAACGCCAGCCCUGCCCAGGGCAUGAACAUGGCCAACAGCAUCGCCAACCUGAGACUGAAAGCAAAGGAAUACAGUUUACAGAGGAACCAAGUGCCGACAGUCAAUUAAAGACUGUCGCACACAAAAGGGGAAAACACGACGACACCCGUCCUGCUUAGCAGUUCACUUGUGCUGAAAAAAACCCACCCCAAAAUCCGGAACUGUUGGGACCAAAGCAGGAGAAAAAUGAACUGCAAAUUAGUUACGAUGUUCCUCUUUCUUUGUGGGGUAACGCCACCACUUUGUGUCACGGUUAUUGCUUCUGCUCAGUAUACUAGGAGCUUCUUCAGUUAAGGACAAGUCCAUCCUUGUUGUUUGUUUUAUACGUGACUGCAACCUAUACGUCGACCCAGCCUUUGAACUUCUCCUCCAAACUGGCCUGAAGGCCGGCACCAGGCCCCUCACCUCCUGUGCUCCACUCGUCCUAGAAGAAGGGGCUCCGAAGCCAAGGCCUGCUCCGUCGGGAGACCAAAAUAUCCUUCCAGACCAAGGCUGUAGCUACAAAAUCAUUUUCAUUGGCCUCUGAGGAGGCUUUUCGAGCAACCCGGUGGGUUCCUCUAGUCCCGUUGCCUGGACCGGGUCAGAAUUUCAUUCACAGCCAGCUGGAGUUUAGAACGUAUUCUCCGCCUUCUGAUGACUUCGGGCCCAGCCUCUUUGAAAAGCCAAAGAACCGAAGACCUUUCUCAGGCCAGAGUGGGAGUCCACGUGAGGGCACUCGAAGACUGGGACUUUGCCUUACGCUUCUUUCUAUGCCUUAUGUUUUGUGCCACAGGGGAAGGGGUUGUCCAAACGCAUUUGUUUUAUAUAGACUGUAUAUAUUUAUAUAUAUAAGAUAUACACACAAGCUUGGUGGGUGUUUUUUAUUCAACAAAAUAAAAAGACAUUGAAAACGUU